AUGCGGUUCUAUAUAACGAGCCAUUUGCCGCCGGCCAUCCUGCUCGCUUUGAUCUGCCUGUGGACACGCCCACCGCCCAUAAAUGCGGCCAGGGGCGGGGCACCUGUUGUGGUGGCCGACGACGAUGAUGAAACCAUGGAGUACGCCCCGCAAUAUGAGCAUCCGGGGUAUGCCUUCAGCUAUGGGGUCAAGGAUCUGCAUACGGGCGAUGUGAAGUCGCAGUGGGAGUCCCGCGAUGGCGACGGGGUCAAGGGUCACUACAGCAUUUUGGAACCGGAUGGCUCCAUACGAACGGUUCACUACACAGCCGAUGCCAAGAAGGGUUUCAAUGCGAUUGUCAAGACGGUGGGUGCCAAUUCGCAUCCCAUCACAGAGAAUCCGGAGAGCAGUAACCACGUCAACGACGACACCUCACAGUCGAAGAUCAAUCAUUACAGCAAGGAUCAAGAGCACAUUGUCCUCAGUUCGGACAUUAAGCCCUUGAAGAGACCCAUUGAGGAUCUCACACACUCGCAUCCGAAGAUUCCCAGCCUGAUUGAGAUCAAGCCACAUGCGAGGAUUAAGCAAGUGCCCAUGGAUAUGGAUCCGGGGAUUAGGGAUCGUUUGCAGCAGGCCAGGGAUACGUACUAUAAGCAAAUAGCCGCUGCUCACAAAUUAGAGGACUACUCGCAGAAACUGCAGCCCACCUAUGCCGUGCAAGAGAGCGAUUGGAAGGCGGUGAUUGUGAACGAGCCGAAGGAGUAUCGACCUCACUAUACCACAGGAUCACCAGCACACUCUCAUCAUCCUUACUACGAGCACUACAAGCCCAAGGAGGUGCCCCACAACUACAUACACAAGCCGUCGAUUCAACAGCAAUCGCUGCACACGAGUUUCUCGCCCUCGAAGCCCAGAGUCAGCAUCCCCGACAGCAUCUCCAAUCACAUACACCAAAAGAAGGUGGUCCACACCACGCCCGGUCUGAAGCACUACAAGUACAAGGGCGUAUCGAAGUCUUAUUCCCGACCCGACUACUCCAGCUACUUCAACCGCAAGCCCAAGAAGCUGCGUCCCCUGCAACCCAAGCAGAAGCCACGUGUCCAGUGGCCCGACAAAUCCGGUCCAGUUCUCUUUCCCAAAACUUUGGACGACGAUUUCGAGGACUACGUGGAGGAUGAACAGGGCGCGGCGUCGGCCACUCUGGUCCAGAAUAUGGUGCGCAAGGACAAGAAGCACAUGGUUCCCAUGUACGCCGGUGCACACAGCUUCGAUUCCGGCAGCUAUCGCAGCUUGGAGGGUGUCUAA